UAAAACUAAACAACUAUUCUACAUUUCCAUCUUACGAUUGCACUUGGAUGUAGUUUGAUGUUGUGUUAUAGCAUGUGUCACGAUUCAACCCGCCAUUCAACAUCCACCCAUGGCCGCCAACAAUUUUGAGAUCAAGCCUGCUCUUGUGACCAUGAUCCAAAACAAUGCCCUAUUUCAUGGGCUUAGCAAUGAGUGUCCAAGGGAGCAUGUUUAGUAGUGAUGGCAAUUUGAACCCGGCCCGCGGGUAUUACCCGACAUGACCCGGGAUGGGGCGAGUAUUACCCGAGCCGUAGUAGCGUGGAGCGGGGCAUGAGUAUCUACUUCCGACCCGCCUGGCCCCGCCUGGCCCCGCCUCUGCCCCGUUCUUAGCCCAUUCUACAUCAAUUUCUUACAAUAUCUAUACAUAUUUCUCCUAUUUUUAGUUUUCUUCAACUAGUUAGAGUCGAUUUUUCAACUGGUUAGACUCAAUUAACCAUUCUAUUAUCACUAUUUUCAUUCAUAAAGUGUUUUCCCUUUCGUUUUAUCAUAAAAAGUGAAAUUUGUGUGUGUGUGUGUUUUUUUUUUCAAAUAACAUGUAAGAGUGGGUCGACCUGCCCCGCCCCGUACCCGCACGGGCUUUACUCGCCCCGACCCGUAGUAGCGUGGAUUACUAAUGUUCAGAAGUUCUUUGAACUUGCGGGGAGUUUGAAGAUCAAUAGUGUCCCCGAGGAUGCUUGGAAGUUGAGGUUGUUACCCUACUCUCUUGCGAGGAAUGCGUCUCGAUGGCUCAACAAUGGGCCGACUCUUUCGGUCACUUUAUGGGAUGAUAUGCUCAACAAGUUUAUGACUCGGUAUUGCCCAUCUUCAAAGACGGCGGAGUAGCACAAAAAGAUCACCCACUUUGAGCAAGAGGAAGAUGAGACAUUGAGGGAUGCUUGGGAAAAGUACUCUAACUACUUCCUCCGAUUCCCACACCAUGGAUUCGAGAAGAAAUUCCGGAUUGAGACCUGCUAUGGCGGUCUCCACCAAGACGUCAAGAUCCACAUUGACUCCUUAUGUCAAAGUAAAUUGAUGAAAAUUACUCCACCCCAAGUGACUGAGUUGCUUGAAGACAUGGCAAGUAAAUGUUAUGAUUGGGGCUUGACAAGAAGUGGAAAGAGAAGCACCACAAGGGGAGGGCAACUUGUAGGUGCGAGUCCCCCGCUUGAAGCGAAGAUCGAUCGGUUGAUCGAUUCACUCCUAGAGGACAAGAAGCAUGGGAAGAGGCUGGUAAUGGCGUGUGAUUGGUGUUCAAGUACCAACCACAAGAUUUCGAAUUGUCAGAUAAUGAAGGAAUUAAGCACACCCUAGGAGGAAGUGAGUUUCAUUGACAAUGCUAGGGGGAACAACCCUUAUAGCAACACUUACAACCCGGGGUGGAGAAAUCAUCCGAAUUUCUCUUGGUCUUCUCCUACCAACCCAAGACUCCCCGGUUUCCAAGGACCGAUGGGAAAUUGUCAGCCAAGGCCUGCUUUCAUUCAACAAAGGCCGCAAUUCCAAGGCUCUAACUUCCAACAACCUGUUUCAAGCUCAAGGAGGUCAAGGUUUCGAACAACUUGACAAGUUUGCAAAACUUGAAGGCCUUGUGACCACCUUCGUGAGCAUGAGCACUCAAAAGUUUGAGAAUAUUGAGCAAUUUAUGGAUGUGGCAAAAACAAAGUUUACCUUGGUUGAGGCGGGAUUAAGGAGCCAUCAAGCAAGCCUUCAAAACUUGGAGGUGCAAGUUGGCAAUCUUGUCGGGAUCCUCACCGAGAGGCCAAUGGGACUCCUACCCUCUCAAACCAUUGUCAACCCCAAAGACCAAAAUGCUGGUUGCAAUGCUAUUCUUUUGAGGAAUGGGAAGGUUACCCCGGAGGUUGUUCCUAAGGAAGUGAUGGAAGAAGGGACGACCCCUCCAACGACCAAUGAUCACGAAGAAGUGGGAGAAACGGAAGAAGAGCCUAAGAAGGCAUUGCCGACGCCAACACAAGUGGCUGAGUACAAGCCUCCUCUUCCUUUUUCCACAGGGAUGUAAAAGGAUUGAUUGGAGGCGGAAUGUGGUGGAUUGAUGGAGAUUCUCAAGAAGCUCCGCAUCACCAAAUACAUCAAGGGGCUUCUCGCCAAGAAGCCGAAAUAUGAAUACCUUUCCAAUGUCACCUUAGGCGAUGAGUGCUCCACCUUUAUCGUCAAUAAGUUGCCUAAAAAGCA